AUGCCAUCGUCAAGCACCACGGAGGGCGCCCCCCUCGCCGAUUACUUCUGGAUAGCUGGUGUGGACGGUACAGAGAUCUUGGAAACUUUCCAGAGAUUGGGAGAAGAUUACCGUGCCAAUGGAGACCUAUCCCCAGGCCCUGCGCUCGCAGAUACUAUUCAGGAGGACGCAGAUGCGGAGGAGGAACACAACUCAGAUGGUCUCACCCGGCCAAGCUCGACGCUUUUCGUCGGCGCCAGUCAAAGAGGUUCUGCCCACCGACUAUCCACACUCUCUAGGAGCUCGGAGGGAACAAAUGGUACUGGCAGUAACAGUAACCGGAGCAGCAUGACCGUCAAGGGUGCCUCGUCUCCCCUGCGUGCGUCAGCUCUGUUCUCUGAGGACUUCGACUUCGAUUCCGCGCUGUACAAGUUCGCCAACGAGCGAGAAUCAUUUUUAAGUGACUUGAGCUUGAGCGCUGGCGCUAUUACCCCUAACACCCGCCCGCGAUCCAGGGUUCGCACGCAGAAGAUCGUCGCCGACGAUUCGCCCGCGCCUAGCGGUAACCUGCUGAGGUCGGGUAUUGGGAGCGUGCGACGACACAUGUCCUUUCGAGAUAUGAAUAGUAUGAAGCGUCAGCCGUCAGUUGCUCGCCAAUGUGAGGACCCUCCUUUGACGUUAUUUUCGCUUCACCCUGGAACGGGAUCGUACUCGGCAACUUUUGUGGAUGCACUGGCUAACAAUGCAUUGGCUCCAGCUUCGCCCGUUCUCCUCGACCGAUACCCCACACGCGUCAUGUCAGACGAGAUGAAGCAGCGCGGCAAUUUCCCCGACUACGUUCCUAUGUUCGCAUUUCCUAAUGACGUCAACAUCGUCUCCUCCGACCAGCAACCGCGCUCUACCUGGCAUGGAUUCGCCAUGACAACGGACAAUGGUUCUAGGCUGCACGCCAUCUGUGUGAUCAUCUGGAUACCUCUCAACGCAAAUGCCGCGGAGGAGCUCGAAAAACGCUGCGAGGAAUGGCGAAGGGACAAUAUGACAGACGAAGAACGUGAACUGGCUGCAAGCUUGGGCGAACGACUGGCAUCGGAGCGAGCCAAAUUAUCCCGGCUUCUAGCCCAGUUGCCGACCGUUCCGUCAGGAUCUGAAUCCCGCGAACAACUUGAAGAUGAGAUCAGCACUGUGGAGGAAAAGAUUGGGUUAAUGACUGAUCUCCUCCGUCCGGUGCGACAUGGCGCAGCCUCCAAGAUCGAGGGUCUGACCGAUGGUGAUACUGGGUUCUGGAUUCCCCGUGCAUACGGUAUCUUGGGCCGAGAGAGCACAAUGACGAGCUUCUGGAAGGAAUGGCUCAAGGCUAUCGUGGUGUCCAUGACGGAGGGCAGCGUGCGGCAUGUGCCUGCGGCCUCGCCGCGCAUGGGGGUAUGGCAGCCGCUGGAGCGAUAUGUUAUGAAUCUCUGUACAGAAGCGUUCUGUCCAAUAUCCUCGAAGACUCAGGUCGAGCUCGCCAUCCGUGAGCUGCGGUUAUUCGCACGCAAAGAGGCGCCUAAUGAGAUUCCUGGUUCUCGGAAUACUGAUCUCUAUGCCUUAUUCCGAACGUUGUCGGUUCCUAAUAUUAUCAUUCUCUUCGAGUACGCUCUUUCUGAAUCUCGUAUCAUCUUCUUGUCUUCCCACACCUCCAUGCUCUAUCUCGCCACCAGGUCGUUGGUCGAUCUUUUGUUCCCUCUGGAAUGGACAGGCGUCCUCAUUCCGGUCCUUCCGGCGCGUUUAAUCCAGGCUCUCGAGGCCCCUUGCCCAUACAUCGUGGGUAUCGAGCGUCGGUACGAGAAGGUUGAGCUGCCCACGGACGACUUUGUUCUGGUGGAUUUAGACAACAAUAUGAUCGAAAGUACCAUUCAACCGACCUCUCUUCCGCGUCAUCAGCGCAGGAAGCUCCUCUCCUUGCUGCAACUAGCAGCCCCGCAGCACAAUCGAUUCCACGUCCCCACUGGGCCUCCUGCAUAUGCAAUCGAGACGUACCCAUGGGAUUCGUUCAUGUCAGAGAGCAAGGCCACAUUCACAUCCAAAGCACCCGCAACUAACCUUGCGAAAUAUGUCGGUCUCAACUCCAGUGCAUUCGGUUCAACGACCCUGAUGCCAAGCUCUUAUACACCUCCGAUUUUCAACGUCUUCCUGCACGCCCGAAAUGAGGCCGGUCCCUCUCGUGGGUACUCAUCUCGCGGAAGCGAGCGCCCAGGGACCAGUUCCACUAUGAGAGCUGGUGCCUCUCCGCCAUCCCCAAGAGAGAGUUCGCCUACCUCUAGCUAUUUCCCUCCUCCACCCGCCCCCUCAUCACGCAAUGAUUCCGGUAUGGCAUUGCAAGCUUCAUUGCGCGAGAAGCGUUCUGGUCAUUUCGAUGCCGCCUCGCGCCGAAGCUCCUCGUUUGGAAUGCCUCGACGUCCAAGUGCUCCGUUCCUGGGUCAUGCCUCGAAUCUCUCAGUAACAACCCUCAACACCGACUACGGUGCCGGUGCUGGUGCUGCUGGAUCCACAUAUGCGCCAUCUGUGUAUGCGCAGUCUACCAUCGCUGCAUCCACCAUCGUCCCUCAAUCCACACACCAGCCCGCCGGCAAUAACGAGGACAUUUGCUGGGCCGAGGGUCACUAUUUCCAAGUCCAAACCUGGGAUGAUAAUUUGACCUGUGCCAUCUGUGAUGAAAUGGCAGAGGAAAAUAUGUACAAAUGCUCUGCAUGCAAACUGACAGUCCACAACCGCUGCGCCUCCAUGGUGUGUCUUCCAUGUGAUGCAGCCUUCCAUCCGGAUCAGAUUCGCGCGGCGUUCGUCAGAUGCUUUGCCAGUUUGUUCUACACAUACAAGAAGUUCCUUGUGCCAGCCAGUGGUGAUAAGAAGAAGUCCGGCAUGUAUUACAAUUUCAACAUGGAUGCUUUCAUGAAGAGUCUUCCAAGCGAGCACGCCGAGUAUAUCACGGUUCUACAACAGACGCAAGGCUUCAAUGAGUUCAUCAGUGACCGUGAGCGAACAAACCCGAAGUCCAAGGACCCGCGGAUGACUCUAUUCGAUGAGAUCGUCCUCUCAAAGCGCAACCGUGGCCGCACAUCCAUUUUCUCCAGCCGAUCGACAACAGACUUCCUCUCAGACACCUCUAACCAUCUGUGGCGUACAGCCAACGCCACCUUCUUUGCUCCCAGCAGCCGUAGCCAGCAGAAUCUUUCAACCGAUUUCAGCAGAGUUCCGACAAGAGGUACGCCCGAAGGCUCUAACACCCAAUAUAUUCCCCUCACUGACGAUCUCCCCGUAGUACCGGCAAAACUAGAUACUAGCUUGAUGGCAGAACCCCGCAUGAUCCAUGGCGCACCACGAGUUUCCAAGACGGCAAAUACAGCCCGUAGAAAGCCGCUGCCCAAAAUGAUGAACGGGCUUGCCAUCUCUCCGCCAAAUUAA